ACUGCGGCGAUCCCGUGCAGCAGCAGCAGCACUGGAGCGAGGAGUCAGUUCUCAGUGCCGACUGUCAGUGUUGGAUGGUAUUGACUCGGUUCGGGUCCCGAUAAUCCCGUGAUUCGACAUCCGACCGUCCAAGCGGAAGGAUCCACUGCCGAUCGAUCGAGCUUAGCGUGCGCGCGCCCUGGCGCCAUGUGCGACUACAGGCAACUCGACACCGCCAAUAUUGUGAGGAAUUUCGACAACGAGGAGGUGAAGCAACUGCUCAAGAGCAUCGGACCCGUCCGAAGAAAGCUUGUGCUUAAAAAGAUUAAAAAAUAUUUAAGAAAUAUUGGACUUGGUAAGGAGAAUGUAAGAAAAGGAAUUAUCCAGAUAAUGACAAGACCACAAAUCGUAAUUGCGAAGACACAAACAUACAAUCCGAGAUAUGAAAAGGAAAAUCAUGUUAUUGAAAAUGGAACAGAAGCAGAAGGCUGUGAUUUUGAUCAAAUACUUAGUACAAAAUCUUCGCAUUCCAAUAGUAACGAUGAUGAAAGAAUAACUCUACACGAGGAAUACCCUUUAAAUGAACCCUAUAAUAUAGAAAGUGCAAUUGUAUUCAACAAUUUUUUAUCUAAACCUGUGAUAGAAAAUGCAGCUAAAAGUACGAUACAGAACUUACAGUUAGAUUUAGUUGCACCCGAUAGUACAGAAGAAAUUCCAAGUAUUAAACAAAACCUCUUAUGUUCUACAAUAUCAAAUAGUAAUCAUAACGAACUUAGUAAUAAUAUUUUUAACAAUCAAAAAAUUAAGAAACGUAAUUCCUUAUCAGAAGCUACUACUCCUCAGCCAUAUAAGUGUGCAAAAAGAUUUCGAUCUAAGUCAAGUGAUUUAUCAACAAAUAAAAAAGAUUCCAAAAGCAUUUUAUCAAUAAAACUAACAUUAAUAAGAGAUAAGUCAAAUCAGAAAAAUUGGAUCAAUUUAGAAAAUAUAAAAACAAUUGCAGGGACAGACAAAAAUAUAGGCAAUGUACGAAGAAAUGAAUGUUCAAAUGUAAUUGAAGAAAAUGAAAUUACCCCCUUACAAAAUAUGUGUGUUUUGCCUACCGAAAUUGUCAGUGAAGAAGUGCCUGAAUUAGAAAGAUAUAACUUUGAAAAUAGGUCUAUUGUAAGAAACAUUAAUAAUUUUAACAAUUGUUUAUCUCCAUACUUGAGAAAUUUUGUGAAAAAAAGGAGUUCAAGUUUAAGAGAUGUCAUAAAUAUGGACAGUGACUGCGAUAGUUUGUGUAAACGCCGUAAAUUUUCAGACUACUCUACUAUUGAUAUGCAAAAAAACAAUAUAAAUAAUUGCAUAGAUCUCGUUAAAUCAUCUUUAGAAAAUAAUUUACACGUAAAAGAGUCCCUAUUACAAAGUAAAUUGUCCAAUGAUUAUUCAAAGAAACUCUUACCAAAGAUGGAUCCAUGUAUUUUAAAUCCAUAUAAUUUCUUAAAUAAUAAUGAUAAUAAUAAAAAUAUUAGUGUAGACCAAAAUGUUCAUGCAAAUAUUACUUUAAGUCUAUCUUCGCCAUUGAAAAAAAUUGUAUCAGCUUCUUUGUUUGCUUCCAAUCAGAAUGAAUUUUUAGACCUUAGUCAAGAUAAUUAUCUAGCAUCUGGAAGAAAAUAUAUGGACUCAAUGACUGAAGAUUUUUCAGAUCUAAAUAGAAGAGAAGAAGUCAUGACAGAAACAGAUAAUAAUCAUAUCAAAGUUACAUUACUAAAGGAAUAUAUGAAACAAGUUAGAUCAAAUAAUACUGAUAAAGAAUUGCAUGAUAACGAUAGAUCUAGUAUAAACUUGAAAUUGAACAUGGGUAAGGAGUCGAAUGGAGUUAAUAAAAUUACAGGUGAAACUGAAAACAAAUUAAAAUGUAACAUAAAUUCUUUGGAAAAUAAGAACAUGACAAUUAAUUUAAAAAAAAUUGAUGUACACGAAAUGGAGAAUAAUACUUCUGUUAUUGAUAUUGAAACAAUAGGAAUGGAAAAGAAUCAAGAUCGUAGUAAUACAAAUUCUCCAGAUAGCCAAGAAAUGUGUAUAAUUGAUAUUGUAGAUUCUCCAUUAAAUAGAGAUCAAGUUCUUCCAGAUAGUACAGGAUUAGAUGAACAUUUAGAAGGAGGGGAUUUUGAUUUUGCUACAUCGAUUAAAAAAAUUAAACAGAAUUCAGAUUCUGACAACGAGUAUGAUGUGGAUUCAGAUUGUGAUGUAGAAAUAAAUGACCAAGAAAGUAUUGAAUAUUCCAUAAAUAUGGAAAGCAGAGACGAUAAUGUUAACUUAAUAAAUAAAAUGACAGUCGAAACUAAUGCUCCCAAAACAGAUGAUGAUUAA